GGAUAUUGAGUAUUUGAACAUAUAUCAUUGUCAAAAGUUAUGGAGCCUCUUGCAGGAUGCCAGAUGAAUAUCAGGUUUCCUUCCAGUAAGAUGGUACCUUUCUACUUUCCACCAUCAAAAUGUGCUCUUUGGAACCCUACACCGAUUGGAGAUUUUGUCUACUUACAUCUCAAUUACUACAGAAAUCCAAAACUUGUGGUAACUGAAAAGACUAUCCGAAUUGCUUGUCGUCAUGCUAAGCAGAAUAAAAACAAUUUGCCAUGCUUUUUGCUUGGUUCUCUCACAAUAGAUGAAGAUGAAGAAGGUGUGACGUUGACAGUAGAUCGCUUUGAUCCUGGUCGAGAAAUAUCUGAAUGCUUAGAAAGAAUGCCUACUGCUUCUCUUCCUGGGGACUUUGUGAUUCCAUGCAAAAUUCAAACUCAAGGACUUUGUUCAAGAGAAAUAAUAGUUCACAAUGCAGAUGACAUCAGUUCAACUUUUAAAGCUCUGCAACACUAUGUACGAAGCAAAGAUUCCUUGGAUUGUGCUCUGGCAAGAAACUUGAGCGGUAAUUUGAAUAUUUCUCAAGUUCAAGGUACCUAUAAGUUUGGAUAUCUUACCAUGGACGAAACCCGCAAAUUGUUACUUCUGUUGGAAUCUGACCCAAAGGUUUAUUCUCUGCCACUAGUGGGAAUUUGGCUGUCUGGGAUUAUUCAUAUCUAUAGUCCUCAUGUAUGGGCUUGCUGCUUGCGAUACAUGUUUAAUUCUUCCAUUCAGGAAAGGGUAUUUUCAGAGUCCGGAAAUUUCAUUGUAGUUCUCUAUUCUGUGACACAUAAAGAUCCUGAGUUUUAUGAAUGCCUCCAUUGCAGUGACAAGUCACCCGACCUUCAAUUCCAGCUAAUAACCAGCAAGGAAACACGACAUUUUUUCAAAAAUGUUGACUCCUCUGACAAAAAACCAAUCCUUUUUGAACUGAGUGCUGAAAGCCAAAAUGCAGAAACAGAGUUUUUCAACAAAGUUUUCAAGAAUCUUUCAAUUAAGAGGUCUUUCCAAACAUUAUCUCCAGGAAAAAUGCCAAUAAAUGAUCAUGAUUCUGGUGUUGAAGAUGAAGAUUUUUCUCCAAGACCAAUUCCUAGUCCUCACCCAGUAAGUCAGAAGAUAUCCAAGUGUUUUCCAAGUGUUUGCCAAGUGUUUUCAUAUUUGCCAAGUGUUUUCAUGGAGAAUNNCCCUCUGCCCAAUCCAUUGGAAAUGGUGAAUAAUGAAAACCCUUUGUUGAGUAAUCACUGUGAACGCUUGGAGCCAUUACCACCUCAGCUUUAUGAUGGGAAACACAGCCCAGAAACUGAAGCAGGAGAACCUUGCUUGAGAAGACUACCAAAUCAGUUGAACCAGGGCACUGCUCCUUUGAGACACUGCAGAGUUAGCCAGUCAUCUGCCUGUAAGAAAGGGAACUCCCAUAGAAAGAACAGUGCUAAACCAUCUUCUCUGAAUGGGCCAUCUCCUGAUACAUCUCACAAGUUUCAAACAAUUUCUGCUGGAAAUGUACACAAAGAAGAGUAUCCUAUAAGGUCCUCCACAAUUAAUUCCAAGCCGUCUUCUCUUGGCCCACAGUCCCACCCACAUGAUUUUAUUUUUUCACCCCAAAAUUCAGGAAGACCAAUGGAAUUCCAGAUACCUACUCCCCCUCCACCAUCUUACUAUCCCACAAACAUUUGCAGUUGUUGUCAGCAUCAUGGACCUAUUCAGUGUACUCCAAUACAUUCUUGGCAAGGAAUGAACACUGUGGGAUCCAUUCAAGACCUCCAGUCUGAAGCUCUUCAAAAACAUUCAUUAUUUCACUCAAACAGAUGUCCAGCUCUAUGCCAUAAUGCAUUCUACUCCUCAAGUAGUCCUAUAGCUUUGAGACCUCAGGGCAAUGUAGAUCCCCCACCUGUUGCAAGAUUGCCUUCACAUACGGACUCAUGUCACCCCCGGCCUUGUGCAUUGUGCGUGCCCACACCCAAGACUGGGUCAGAGGAGGGAAUGAUGGGACUCUCUCCAGAUGCUUAUCGAUUCCUCACACAACAAGACAAACAGCUGAGACUACUUCAAGCUCAGAUUCAGCGUUUAUUGGAAGCACAGUCUCUGCAGCCCUGUUCCCCUAAGAGCACCGCUGUUGAGGACACAGUGCAAGCUCCAAGGCAGGCGGAGUUGGUUUCCAUGGAAGCGCAGCAUUCCCCGGGUUUGCACAUGAAGAACAGUGUAAGCAUUGCUGUAAGCACAGGUGCUAGCUUGUUUUGGAAUGCAGCAGGUGAUGAUCAAGAGCCUGAACCUCAGCUGAAACAAGAUGAUACCAAGAUUUCCAGUGAGGACAUGAAUUUUUCUGUUCAUAUUAAUAAUGAAGUCACAAGUCUUCCAGGUAGUGCAUCUUCAUUAAAAGCAGUUGAUAUUCCCAGUUUUGAAGAGAGCAACAUUGCUGUAGAAGAAGAAUUUAAUCAGCCACUUUCCGUGUCCAACAGCUCUUCUCCACUUGAAAGAAAAGAGCCUGAUGUGCCUGUGUUCUUUCCGAAUUCCCUGCUGGCAGAGAAUGCAAGCAUGUGUUUGCAGUGUGGACCAACAGAGGGCGCCAGUAACAACUCUGUAGCAUCAGGGGAACCAAAAAUUGAGCCAGUUAUACAAUCUUUGCCUCAUCAACCAUCAGAUAAUCAGAAAAUAUAUCAAGAUUUAUUGGGUCAAGUGAAUCACCUGUUAAAUAACUCCUCCAAAAAAACUGAGCAACCAUCUACUAAAGCAGUAAUUAUAAGCCAUGAAUGUACCAGAACUCAAAAUGUCUACCAUGCAAAGAAAAAAAAACAUGAUUCAGGCUUAGUGGACAAAGAUUGUGUUCUUAAUGCAACCCUUAAGCAACUACGAAACCUUGGAGUAAAAAUUGAUUCCCCCACUAAAGUGAAGAAAAAUGCACAUAAAGCAGAUCAUGCCAGUGUAUUGGCCUGCAUCAGUCCUGAAGCAGUGAUCUCUGGAUUAAACUACAUGUCAUUUGCUAAUGUUGGCGUGAGUGGCUUAAGCCCCAAUGGUGUGGAUUUGAGCAUGGAAGCAAAUGCGAUAGCUCUGAAAUAUUUAAAUGAAAAUCAGCUGUCACAGCUGUCUCUGUCUAGGUCAAACCAAAAUAACUGCGACUCAUCUUUUAGCCUUUUUCAUAUUAAUACAGACAGAAGCACAGUGGGGCUUAGUUUAAUUUCACCAAACAACAUGUCAUUUGCAACCAAAAAAUACAUGAAGCGAUAUGGACUCAUACAAAGCAGUGACAAUAGUGAAGAUGAAGAGGAGCCCCCAGACAAUAUGGAGAGCAAGAGUGAACAUUUAUUGAAUCAGAACCUUACAUCCAUACCUGAACAACUUGGUCGUCAGAAAGAGCCUUCACGGAAUGCCUGUGAAAUAAUUAGUUGCUAUAACUGUGACUCCAUGGGAACCUACACAGACAUGCCAGUAUUGAGAAAUAUUACAAAUGAAGUUGUUCAGCCAAAAGCAAUACAGCAGUUGGAUGGAAACCCAUCUUUCUUAUUAAAGAACCUGAAACCAGGCCCUGCCGUAAAUCUCCACACUGGAAAAGCAGAGUUUACCCCGCAUCCUGAGAAAGAAAAUGAGAGGGACAUUCCUGUUUUCCCUGAAAGUUUGAGGCCUUCUGAAAGUUUAAAGCAAAUGAAUAGUAUGAACUCAGUAGGCACUUUCCUAGAUAUAAAGCAUCUCAGACAGUUGCCAAAAUUAUUUUAAAUCUUUAUUUAGCUCCCUGCCCUCCUGGUAGGAGGAGGGAAGGUCUCACGAAGAUAUUUGGGUAGUUUUGGGAUUCCUAGUCAUUCUAGGGGUCACCAAUUUUGGCAAAAGCUGAUUGCAAUGACCUUAACAAGUGACCUGAUGAGAAGUUUGGCCAGGGGGAGGGCUAAGUCCUCUCUGUUCAGUGUCACUGAAACGUUUUUUUAAAAACCAGUCCUGAGAUCACUUAUUUCAACAAAUUCAGGUAAACUCUGAUUCUGGACUAUUUUAUACUGUGCAUUUGAAAAGUAAGCCUUUUUUCCCUAGUGUUUUGUGUCUGUGCAUCUAUUAAAAGAAUGGGAAAUAACAUUAUCAUGACCCUGACUAAAUUAGCUGAGUCAACCCUUAUUGAACUUAAGGGGCAAGUUUUACUUUAAAAAUAAAAUCUUAUGCAAAUAGUGUAUAUGUCCUUUUAAUUAAGAUGCAUAUUUACAUUCUGGUGGGUUUGAUGUUUAUACAAU